AUGAAAGCCAACAUAACAGAGCCCGACUUACGAGAAGCCUUCUCUGUGUUUGGACACGUUGGUGAGAUCCGGCGCUUUCUCCUACCGGAUGGAGUGCACACGAGUGGCCAGGGUUUCGUAACCCUCGACUCGUUGUCUGCAGCCAAUUCGGCGCUGGCAGCCUCACCAAUUUCGAUUGGCAAAUCUUCACUGAAGUUACGCUUGAAACCACUAACUGAGUCGUAA